AAGAGGAAGUAAAAUUAUUAUAAAAAAAAAACAACAUUUCACAAUUGAGAAAUUAAUCAAAAAUUAUGUUUCUCUGAAAGGUGUUGGAAUCUACAGACCUCGUUACCUAUAGUUUACAGCAUAUAUAAACAAAAAGAAUGUAUCAAGUACCAAAUUACACCGAGACAGUGUCGAUGAGAUUAUCUGAAGUACUAGCUGAUAUAGGUGUUGAUGAGAGAAUUGUGCUGAAGAGGAGAAGAGCAUUGCUUCUGGAAGAAUCAAUGAUCAAUGUGAAUAACCAAUUACGUAAUGAGAAUACUUAUACGUUAUAUUAUUUCGGAAGUCGAUCAGAAGGAACAACUACCAUAGGGAUGGAGUCAGACACAGAUGAACUUUAUUGUUUCAAUAAUCAUCCUGUAAUACAAGAUUGGUGUGAAUGGAUACCUGGUGUAACUAAUUAUUUGAUGAUUCAAGAUAAUUCUGUAUCUCCUGGAUAUUGUUUACUUCAAUUACUAAGGAAUGAUGCUCCUCUUCCUGUUGAUGGAGAAUCUGAUCAAAACUUCUUCAGAGACAGAACAGGAAAAAUGCUGCUAAAACAAUUUAUUGUCCCUGGUAAAUAUUUCGACAAAUUACAUGGACCAGCAAGAGUAAGUCAAGGACCACAUGGUUACAUAGAUACAGACAUUGUGACAGCUCUGCACUGUAAAACAUGGCCACAACAAGCUCGACAAUGGUUGGAUCAACAAGGUGAUGCUCAGUGGCCGUCUGCUGAAAUGAAACAAUAUUGCAGCAGAACGGGAUGCUUUGUUGUUGCUGUUGGAUGUAGAGGAAGUGAACAUGAGCAUGUUGAAUGGAGAAUAUCAACAUCUUUAUCUGAAAGGUGUUUAAUGUUCAACCUGAAUAUUACACAGAUUCGCUGUUAUGUCUUGAUGAAAAUGUUUAUAAAAUCAUUCCUUGGUUCACAGUUUGAAGAUGUAAUUUCAAGUUACAUGUGUAAAACUGUUCUCUUCCACUGUAUUGCAAAUUCACAUUUUAACAUAUGGAGAGAAAACAAUUUAUUUUCUUGUCUAUCACUGUGUUUAAAUCUCCUUUAUAACAAUAUCAUUAAUGAAAACUGUCCACAUUUUAUCAUACCUGAGAACAAUUUGAUGAGAGGUAAGAUAUCACCUGUAGACAAACCAUAUAUCCUGGAAAUACUUAACAACAUUAUCAACAGUGAAGGAGUGGCACUACUUGGUAUUAAAUGUGAUGAUCUUGGUUCCAGGCUUCAUCUCAAGUUUUAUAACUUAUGUCCAUUCAAGACAAGUGAUCUCAUUUCAGGAUAUCUAUUACAUGAUACAGCUAGCAACAUUUUAAAUUCAUUUCUUUUUAAUAGUUCCACUCUAAAGAACAAAAGUCCUUAUGAAGCUGUACAGAUAUUGACAAACUGUAUUUUAAGUAUCUUAAAUCUCCAAUAUGAAGGAUUGGUUGAGACAGCCUGUCAACGUCUAGCACCAUGGUACUGUACAACCCUUGGAUCUAUGUUGGCCUCCAUCAACAUCAAUCAGCACAACACUGUAUCAGCUGAUGCUCUCAAACUCAUCUCACUUGGUCUGCAUACAGAUGUUGCAUCAAGUAAACUGAAAUUAGCUUCAAUUUUAUAUUGUGUACAAGAAAUACAAAAAGCUGACCUGGUUCUCAGUGAGAUUGAAAGAAGCUAUGAUCUGCAAAUUGUUGAGCCAGUCUGUAGUUGUUAUGAGUUUGAAAAAAAAGCACCAAGACAAGGAUUCUUUGUGACAUGCGACAAUUAUAAUGAAGACGCCAUACAGUAUACAACUGCAUCAUGUGUCACAUUUCUGCCAUGUGAAAUUCACUGUAUACCCACUGAACUCAGAUAUGAAAUGUUAAGAUCUACACCGGAGGACAGAAUAUUCCUUACAGAAGAAGAUGACUGGAUGGAUAAUGCUGUGGUGGAUUCUUUACCUUACCUGUAUUUUCUACAAUACAAGGUUACCAGACAUCUUGGGAGGAAUAAUGAAAAACAAUCUGCUCUCUCAAACCUUCUCAGAACCAUAAUAACCGAACCAAACCUUGGACACCGGGAAACAGCUUUAAGUAUUCUCGGAAAGUGUAUGGAACAAGAAGGUAGAGUAAGGGAUGCUCUACAGUGCUAUUUGAUGUCUCUGAAUCUAAGGAGGAGAAACAAUGCUGCAAAGAUACAUAUCUGCACACUUCUAUCGGUAUUGAGAAAUAUCAGGGCAUAGAAUGUACAACAAAAAGGCGGAAAUAACAAAAGUAUAAAUUAUGAAAAAGAGAGACACAAAAUGUAAAGGAACACUCCUGCUAAACAACAUAUUAUAUCUAUCUAAUAUGUGUCUUGCUAUAAAAAAACAUAAGGAAAACAAAAAUCAAACAGGAUCUUUAAAUAUUUAAUAAAAUUCAGCCAUCCCUAAAUG